CGAGAGAUGGAAACGUACAACUUAUAAACAUUUUAUUAAAUAACAUAAAUGAUAUAAAUGUCGCCGAUCAGGAUGGAAUGGACGCAUUAAUGUUAGCGUCUGAAAAUGGGCAUGAAAAUGCUGUAGAACUUUUAAUUAAGAAAGGCAUUAAAGUAAAUAAUGUUAAUAACCAUCGACGUACAGCUUUAAUGCUCACCUCAAGAAAAGGACAUGGAAGAAUUGUAAAACUUUUGAUAGCAAGUGGAGCUGAUGUGAAUGUUGUUGACAAUGAUGGCUGGAAUGCAUUAAUGUUUUCAUCUGAAAUAGGGGAUGACAAGAUUGUUGAAUUGUUAACAAACAGCGGGUAUAAUAUAAAUGCAGUUGACAAUGAUGGAAUGAAUUCAUUAAUAAUUGCUGCAAAAAAAGGACACGACAUAGUAGUUGAAAUUUUAAUUAAUUGCGGGUUUAACAUAAAUGCUGUUGACAAAAAUGGAUGGUGUGCAUUAAUGUUCGCAAUUCAAAAUCAGCAUAAAAAUGUGUUAAAACUACUAAUUGAUAGCGGAUGUAUUUUUAAUGCAGUUAACAAUGAUGGGGAAAAUGCAUUAGAUAUUGCGCGUCGAAACGAGGAUGAAGAAACUUUAAAGCUUAUUUUUGAUCACAAAAGUAAAAUUUACUCCCUUAUCCAGGAGUUUAAAGUUUAUUUCAACAUACAUGAAACGAUGUCUUUGUUCAGUGAAUGUACUCCAUUAAUGCUGGCAUCUCAGCGCGGAGACACAAAUGCAGUUGAGCUGUUAAUUUUAAGUGGAAUUGAUAUAAACGCUGUUAAUAUACAUGGCGAAAGUGCUCUGAUGCUCGCUUGUGAAUGGGGACACGAAACAACUAUAAUAAUAUUGAUUACAGCUGGAUGUGAUGUUAAUGCUGUUGACAAAAAUGGAAAUAAUGCAUUAAUGUUUGCGACAAGGCAAGGGAAUUACAAAGUUGUAGAAGCUUUAAUCAACAAGGGGUGUGAUGUUAAUGCUGUUAACAAAACAAGAUUGAAUGCAUUAUUGCUUGCGAUUAAUUAUAAGCAUGAAAACGUUAUUGAACUGUUAAUUAAUAGCGGGUGUAAUGCUAAUGCAAUGUAUAAGAAAAGGGAAUAUUCAUUAAAUAUUGUCUAUCUAAGAGAGGAUAAAGAAAUGGUAAAAUUAAUUUUUGAUUACAUGUGUAAUACAAAUCAUCUUUUUAUAGCAGCGUACUUUGGGAAAACAAAUGCGUUCGAAAUGUUACUUAAAAAUGGAAUGGACAUUAAUCAAAACGAAACUUUGUUACAUGGAAGUAAUGCCUUAAUGUUUGCGUCUCAGAACGGUCACACAAAUGCUGUUGAGCUGUUGAUUAAAAACGGAGCUAAUGUAAAUGAAGUUUAUAAAACUAAUAAAGUCAAUGCUCUUAUGCUCGCCUCAAAGGAAGGACAUGAUACCGUUGUUAAGACAUUGAUUGACGUAGGAGCUGAUGUAAAUGUUGUUAAUAAGAAUGGUGACAAUACUCUUACACUAGCAUCACAAGGAGGAUAUAAUACUGUUGUAAAGAUAUUGAUUGAGGUUGGAGCUAAUGUAAAUGUUGUUAAUAAAAAUGGUGACAAUGCUCUUACACUAGCAUCACAAGAAGGACAUGACACUGUUGUUAAGACAUUGAUUAAGGUUGGUGCUGAUGUAAAUGCUGUCAAUAAAAAUGGUUACACUGCUCUUACACUAGCAUCAUAUAAAGGACACGAUACUGUUGUUAAGACAUUGAUUGAGGUAGGCGCUGAUGUAAAUGUUGUUAAUAAAACUGGUGACAAUGCUCUUACACUAGCAUCAUAUAAAGGACACGAUAACGUUGUUAAGACAUUGAUUGAGGUAGGAGCUGAUGUAAAUGUUGUUAACCAAAAUGGUGACAAUGCUCUUACACUAGCAUCAUAUAAAGGACAUGAUAAUGUUGUUAAGACAUUAAUUGCUGGUGGAGCUGAUAUAAAUGCUUUUGAUAAAAUGGGUGACAAUGCCCUUACACUAGCAUCAUAUGAAGGACAUGAUACUGUUGUUAAGACAUUAAUUGCUGGUGGAGCUUAUGUAAAUGCUUUUGAUAAAUAUGGUGACAAUGCUCUUACACUAGCAUCAUAUAAAGGACACGAUACUGUUGUUAAGACAUUAAUUGAGGUAGGAGCUGAUGUUAAUGUUGUUAAUAAAAAUGGUGACAAUGCUCUUACACUAGCAUCAUAUGAAGGACAUGAUACCAUUGUUAAGACAUUAAUUGCUUGUGGAGCUGAUGUAAAUUAUUUUGAUAAAAAUGGUUACACUGCUCUUACACUAGCAUCUGUUAAAGGACAUGAUACUGUUGUUAAGACAUUGAUUGAGGACGGUGCUGAUGUUACUGCAGUUAAUACAAAUGGUGACAAUGCUCUUAUUCUAGCAUCAUGUAAAGGACAUGAUACUGUUGUUAAGACAUUAAUUGCUGGUGGAGCUGAUGUAAAUUAUUUUAAACAAAAUGGUGACAAUGCUCUUACACUAGCAUCACAAGACGGACAUGAUUCAGUUGUUAAGACAUUGAUUAAAGUUGGGGCUCAUGUAAAUGCUGUUAAUAAAAAUGGUGACAAUGCUCUUACACUAGCAUCACAAGAAGGAUAUGAUACCGUUGUUAAGACAUUGAUUAAAGUUGGUGCUCAUGUAAAUGCUGUUAAUAAAUAUGAUGACAAUGCUCUUACACUAGCAUUACAAGGAGAAUACGAUAUCGUUAUUAAGACAUUGUUGGCAGGUGGAGCUAAUGUAAAUUAUGUUAAUAAAAGUAUUAUAGAUGGUGCUCUGUUGCUCGCCUCAAAAAAAGGAUAUACAAAUAUUGUUAAGACAUUAAUUGAACAUAGAGCUGAUGUAAAUGCUGUUGAUAAAAAUUGUGACAAUGCUCUUACACUAGCAUCACAAAGAGGACAUGAUACCGUUGUUAAAACAUUGAUUAUAGGUGGAGCUGAUGUAAAUGCUGUUAAUAAAAAUGGUGACAAUGCUCUUACACUAGCAUCACAAGAAGGGCAUGAUACCGUUAUUACGACAUUGAUUAAAGUUGGUGCUGAUGUAAAUGUUGUUAAUAAAAAUGGUGACAAUGCUCUUACACUAGCAUCACAAGAAGGACAUGAUGCCGUUGUUAAGACAUUGAUUAAAGUUGGUGCUGAUGUAAAUGUUGUUAAUAAAAAUGGUGACAAUGCUCUUACACUAGCAUCAUAUGAAGGACAUGAUACUGUUGUUAAGACAUUGAUUGAGGUAGGAGCUGAUGUAAAUGUUGUUAACCAAAAUGGUGACAAUGCUCUUACACUAGCAUCAUAUAAAGGACAUGAUAAUGUUGUUAAGACAUUAAUUGCUGGUGGAGCUGAUAUAAAUGCUUUUGAUAAAAUGGGUGACAAUGCCCUUACACUAGCAUCAUAUGAAGGACAUGAUACUGUUGUUAAGACAUUAAUUGCUGGUGGAGCUUAUGUAAAUGCUUUUGAUAAAUAUGGUGACAAUGCUCUUACACUAGCAUCAUAUAAAGGACACGAUACUGUUGUUAAGACAUUAAUUGAGGUAGGAGCUGAUGUUAAUGUUGUUAAUAAAAAUGGUGACAAUGCUCUUACACUAGCAUCAUAUGAAGGACAUGAUACCAUUGUUAAGACAUUAAUUGCUGGUGGAGCUGAUGUAAAUUAUUUUGAUAAAAAUGGUUACACUGCUCUUACACUAGCAUCUGUUAAAGGACAUGAUACUGUUGUUAAGACAUUGAUUGAGGACGGUGCUGAUGUUACUGCAGUUAAUACAAAUGGUGACAAUGCUCUUAUUCUAGCAUCAUGUAAAGGACAUGAUACUGUUGUUAAGACAUUAAUUGCUGGUGGAGCUGAUGUAAAUUAUUUUAAACAAAAUGGUGACAAUGCUCUUACACUAGCAUCACAAGACGGACAUGAUUCAGUUGUUAAGACAUUGAUUAAAGUUGGGGCUCAUGUAAAUGCUGUUAAUAAAAAUGGUGACAAUGCUCUUACACUAGCAUCACAAGAAGGAUAUGAUACCGUUGUUAAGACAUUGAUUAAAGUUGGUGCUCAUGUAAAUGCUGUUAAUAAAUAUGAUGACAAUGCUCUUACACUAGCAUUACAAGGAGAAUACGAUAUCGUUAUUAAGACAUUGUUGGCAGGUGGAGCUAAUGUAAAUUAUGUUAAUAAAAGUAUUAUAGAUGGUGCUCUGUUGCUCGCCUCAAAAAAAGGAUAUACAAAUAUUGUUAAGACAUUAAUUGAACAUAGAGCUGAUGUAAAUGCUGUUGAUAAAAAUUGUGACAAUGCUCUUACACUAGCAUCACAAAGAGGACAUGAUACCGUUGUUAAAACAUUGAUUAUAGGUGGAGCUGAUGUAAAUGCUGUUAAUAAAAAUGGUGACAAUGCUCUUACACUAGCAUCACAAGAAGGGCAUGAUACCGUUAUUACGACAUUGAUUAAAGUUGGUGCUGAUGUAAAUGUUGUUAAUAAAAAUGGUGACAAUGCUCUUACACUAGCAUCACAAGAAGGACAUGAUGCCGUUGUUAAGACAUUGAUUAAAGUUGGUGCUGAUGUAAAUGUUGUUAAUAAAAAUGGUGACAAUGCUCUUACACUAGCAUCAUAUAAAGGACACGAUACUGUUGUUAAGACAUUAAACGCUGGUGGAGCUGAAGUAAAUUUUGUUAAUAAAAAUGGUGACAAUGCUCUUACACUAGCAUCACAAGAAGGACAUGAUUCAGUUGUUAAGGCAUUGAUUAAAGUUGGUGCUGAUGUAAAUGCUGUUAAUAAAAAUGAGGACAAUGCUCUUACACUAGCAUUACAAGGAGAACACGAUAUUGUUGUUAAGACAUUGUUGGCAGGUGGAGCUAAUGUAAAUUAUGUUAAUAAAAGUAUUAUAGAUGGUGCUCUGUUGCUCGCCUCAAAAAAGGGAUAUACAAAUUUUGUUAAGACAUUAAUUGAACAUAGAGCUGAUGUAAAUGCUGUUGAUAAAAAUUGUGACAAUGCUCUUACACUAGCAUCACAAAGAGGACAUGCGACCGUUGUUAAAACAUUGAUUAUAGGUGGAGCUGAUGUAAAUGCUGUUAAUAAAAAUGGUGACAAUGCUCUUACACUAGCAUUGCAAGGAGAACACGAUACCGUUGUUAAGACAUUGAUUGCAGGUGGAGCUAAUGUAAAUGAAGUUAGUAAAAGUAGUGGAGAUGGUGUUCUGUUGCUCGCCUCAAAAAGGGGAUAUACAAAUGGUGUUAAGACAUUGAUUGCUGGUGGAGCUGAUGUAAAUGCUGUUGAUAAAAAUUGUGACAAUGCUCUUACACUAGCGUCACAAGGAGGACAUGCGACCGUUGUUAAAACAUUGAUUAUAGGUGGAGCUGAUGUAAAUGCUGUUAAUAAAAAUGGUGACAAUGCUCUUAUACUAGCAUCACAAGAAGGACAUGAUACCGUUAUUACGACAUUGAUUAAAGUUGGUGCUGAUGUAAAUGUUGUUAAUAAAAAUGGUGACAAUGCUCUUACACUAGCAUCACAAGAAGGACAUGAUGCCGUUGUUAAGACAUUGAUUAAAGUUGGUGCUGAUGUAAAUGUUGUUAAUAAAAAUGGUGACAAUGCUCUUACACUAGCAUCAUAUAAAGGACACGAUACUGUUGUUAAGACAUUAAACGCUGGUGGAGCUGAAGUAAAUUUUGUUAAUAAAAAUGGUGACAAUGCUCUUACACUAGCAUCACAAGAAGGACAUGAUUCAGUUGUUAAGGCAUUGAUUAAAGUUGGUGCUGAUGUAAAUGCUGUUAAUAAAAAUGAGGACAAUGCUCUUACACUAGCAUUACAAGGAGAACACGAUAUUGUUGUUAAGACAUUGUUGGCAGGUGGAGCUAAUGUAAAUUAUGUUAAUAAAAGUAUUAUAGAUGGUGCUCUGUUGCUCGCCUCAAAAAAGGGAUAUACAAAUUUUGUUAAGACAUUAAUUGAACAUAGAGCUGAUGUAAAUGCUGUUGAUAAAAAUUGUGACAAUGCUCUUACACUAGCAUCACAAAGAGGACAUGCGACCGUUGUUAAAACAUUGAUUAUAGGUGGAGCUGAUGUAAAUGCUGUUAAUAAAAAUGGUGACAAUGCUCUUACACUAGCAUUGCAAGGAGAACACGAUACCGUUGUUAAGACAUUGAUUGCAGGUGGAGCUAAUGUAAAUGAAGUUAGUAAAAGUAGUGGAGAUGGUGUUCUGUUGCUCGCCUCAAAAAGGGGAUAUACAAAUGGUGUUAAGACAUUGAUUGCUGGUGGAGCUGAUGUAAAUGCUGUUGAUAAAAAUUGUGACAAUGCUCUUACACUAGCGUCACAAGGAGGACAUGCGACCGUUGUUAAAACAUUGAUUAUAGGUGGAGCUGAUGUAAAUGCUGUUAAUAAAAAUGGUGACAAUGCUCUUAUACUAGCAUCACAAGAAGGACAUGAUACCGUUGUUAAGACAUUGAUUGCAGGUGGAGCUAAUGUAAAUGAAGUUACUAAAACUAGUGGAGAUGGUAAUCUGUUGCUCGCCUCAAAAAGGGGAUACACAAAUGUUGUUAAGACAUUAAUUGCUGGUGGGGCUGAUGUAAAUGCUGUUAAUAAAAAUGGUGACAAUGCUCUUACACUAGCAUCAUAUGAAGGACAUGAUACUGUUGUUAAGACAUUGAUUGAGGUAGGAGCUGAUGUAAAUGUUGUUAACCAAAAUGGUGACAAUGCUCUUACACUAGCAUCAUAUAAAGGACAUGAUAAUGUUGUUAAGACAUUAAUUGCUGGUGGAGCUGAUAUAAAUGCUUUUGAUAAAAUGGGUGACAAUGCCCUUACACUAGCAUCAUAUGAAGGACAUGAUACUGUUGUUAAGACAUUAAUUGCUGGUGGAGCUUAUGUAAAUGCUUUUGAUAAAUAUGGUGACAAUGCUCUUACACUAGCAUCAUAUAAAGGACACGAUACUGUUGUUAAGACAUUAAUUGAGGUAGGAGCUGAUGUUAAUGUUGUUAAUAAAAAUGGUGACAAUGCUCUUACACUAGCAUCAUAUGAAGGACAUGAUACCAUUGUUAAGACAUUAAUUGCUGGUGGAGCUGAUGUAAAUUAUUUUGAUAAAAAUGGUUACACUGCUCUUACACUAGCAUCUGUUAAAGGACAUGAUACUGUUGUUAAGACAUUGAUUGAGGACGGUGCUGAUGUUACUGCAGUUAAUACAAAUGGUGACAAUGCUCUUAUUCUAGCAUCAUGUAAAGGACAUGAUACUGUUGUUAAGACAUUAAUUGCUGGUGGAGCUGAUGUAAAUUAUUUUAAACAAAAUGGUGACAAUGCUCUUACACUAGCAUCACAAGACGGACAUGAUUCAGUUGUUAAGACAUUGAUUAAAGUUGGGGCUCAUGUAAAUGCUGUUAAUAAAAAUGGUGACAAUGCUCUUACACUAGCAUCACAAGAAGGAUAUGAUACCGUUGUUAAGACAUUGAUUAAAGUUGGUGCUCAUGUAAAUGCUGUUAAUAAAUAUGAUGACAAUGCUCUUACACUAGCAUUACAAGGAGAAUACGAUAUCGUUAUUAAGACAUUGUUGGCAGGUGGAGCUAAUGUAAAUUAUGUUAAUAAAAGUAUUAUAGAUGGUGCUCUGUUGCUCGCCUCAAAAAAAGGAUAUACAAAUAUUGUUAAGACAUUAAUUGAACAUAGAGCUGAUGUAAAUGCUGUUGAUAAAAAUUGUGACAAUGCUCUUACACUAGCAUCACAAAGAGGACAUGAUACCGUUGUUAAAACAUUGAUUAUAGGUGGAGCUGAUGUAAAUGCUGUUAAUAAAAAUGGUGACAAUGCUCUUACACUAGCAUCACAAGAAGGGCAUGAUACCGUUAUUACGACAUUGAUUAAAGUUGGUGCUGAUGUAAAUGUUGCUAAUAAAAAUGGUGACAAUGCUCUUACACUAGCAUCACAAGAAGGACAUGAUGCCGUUGUUAAGACAUUGAUUAAAGUUGGUGCUGAUGUAAAUGUUGUUAAUAAAAAUGGUGACAAUGCUCUUACACUAGCAUCAUAUAAAGGACACGAUACUGUUGUUAAGACAUUAAACGCUGGUGGAGCUGAAGUAAAUUUUGUUAAUAAAAAUGGUGACAAUGCUCUUACACUAGCAUCACAAGAAGGACAUGAUUCAGUUGUUAAGGCAUUGAUUAAAGUUGGUGCUGAUGUAAAUGCUGUUAAUAAAAAUGAGGACAAUGCUCUUACACUAGCAUUACAAGGAGAACACGAUAUUGUUGUUAAGACAUUGUUGGCAGGUGGAGCUAAUGUAAAUUAUGUUAAUAAAAGUAUUAUAGAUGGUGCUCUGUUGCUCGCCUCAAAAAAGGGAUAUACAAAUUUUGUUAAGACAUUAAUUGAACAUAGAGCUGAUGUAAAUGCUGUUGAUAAAAAUUGUGACAAUGCUCUUACACUAGCAUCACAAAGAGGACAUGCGACCGUUGUUAAAACAUUGAUUAUAGGUGGAGCUGAUGUAAAUGCUGUUAAUAAAAAUGGUGACAAUGCUCUUACACUAGCAUUGCAAGGAGAACACGAUACCGUUGUUAAGACAUUGAUUGCAGGUGGAGCUAAUGUAAAUGAAGUUAGUAAAAGUAGUGGAGAUGGUGUUCUGUUGCUCGCCUCAAAAAGGGGAUAUACAAAUGGUGUUAAGACAUUGAUUGCUGGUGGAGCUGAUGUAAAUGCUGUUGAUAAAAAUUGUGACAAUGCUCUUACACUAGCGUCACAAGGAGGACAUGCGACCGUUGUUAAAACAUUGAUUAUAGGUGGAGCUGAUGUAAAUGCUGUUAAUAAAAAUGGUGACAAUGCUCUUAUACUAGCAUCACAAGAAGGACAUGAUACCGUUGUUAAGACAUUGAUUGCAGGUGGAGCUAAUGUAAAUGAAGUUACUAAAACUAGUGGAGAUGGUAAUCUGUUGCUCGCCUCAAAAAGGGGAUACACAAAUGUUGUUAAGACAUUAAUUGCUGGUGGGGCUGAUGUAAAUGCUGUUAAUAAAAAUGGUGACAAUGCUCUUACACUAGCAUCAUAUGAAGGACAUGAUACUGUUGUUAAGACAUUGAUUGAGGCAUUGAUUGAGGUAGGAGCUGAUGUAAAUGCUGUUAAUAAAAAUGGUGACAAUGCUCUUACACUAGCAUUGCAAGGAGAACACGAUACCGUUGUUAAGACAUUGAUUGCAGGUGGAGCUAAUGUAAAUGAAGUUAGUAAAAGUAGUGGAGAUGGUGUUCUGUUGCUCGCCUCAAAAAGGGGAUAUACAAAUGGUGUUAAGACAUUGAUUGCUGGUGGAGCUGAUGUAAAUGCUGUUAAUAAAAAUGGUGACAGUGCUCUUACACUAGCAUCACAAGGAGGACAUGUUACCGUUGUUAAGACAUUGAUUGAGGUAGGAGCUGAUGUGAAUGCUGUUAACAAUAAUGGAGACUUUGCUUUAAUAGUCGCAAUACAAGGAGGAAAUGAGGCCGUUGUAAGGACACUUAUUACGGGAGGAGCUAACGUAAAUGCUGUUAACAGAGAUGGACGCAAUGCUUUGAUGCUCGCUACUACUACAGGAAAAGAAAAAAUUAUCAAGAUAUUGAUCAAUGCAAAAGGUGAUUUAAAUGGUGUUGAUAUACUUGGUAAAAGUGCAUUAAUGCUAGCCGUUGAAAAUGGGAAAGAUAACAUUGUACAACUGCUUAUAGACAGCGGAUGUGAUAUUAAUAUUGUAGACAAACGUAGAUAUAAUGCCCUCGUGAUUGCCGCGUUUUGUAAUAGUAAAAAUGCGUUUAAAAUGUUGUUAAAAACAUCGCGCUUACUUGACUACAACCGUUUUCUGAUGAAGAGACUAUUUCAAAUGUGUUCUGAGAUUCUAAAUUCGAACGACGAGAAAGCUAAGGAUAACACAGUUGAUUUUCUUCUGAAAUUUGCUGAAAGCAAUCCCAAUAGUCUAAGAGAAAACUUUAUACUGGGAACCCUUAAAUCGAUACAAAUACGCUCUGAUAAAAAACUUCAAUGCAAGAUUUCUCGUGUACUUUGGCAUGUCAACAAAUCUAUGAUUUGUUUGGAUCCAGGUGCAGUCAUCGAGUUUACACCAUAUUAA